GCCCGGUAGAAGAUGGCGUCUCUACGCUGUAGGCGAGACCCUUGCGGGUUUAUCUGCCUCAUUUUAACUUAUUUCAGCGUGUUUUACGCGGACUACGUGGUCAUUCAGUAUGUCCUCAUCCCCGCCUACUCGGACAGCCUGUGGUGUACUCUACAUGGCUCAGUGUUCAACCUGAUUCUGCUGCUGUUGCUGGCCUGCCACUCCAAAGCUGUCUUCUCUGAUCCUGGAAUGGUGCCUCUGCCUGACACAGCCAUCGACUUCUCAGACCUGCGCUCCCAGUCGUCUCGGAUGAACGAGCGGGGCUGUGAGGGCUGGACGGUGUGCAGCCGCUGUGAAACCUACAGACCCCCCAGAGCGCACCACUGCCGUGUCUGCCAGAGGUGUAUACGCCGCAUGGACCACCACUGUCCCUGGAUCAACAAUUGUGUUGGAGAGCUAAACCAGAAAUAUUUCAUCCAGUUCCUUUUCUACACCGGUGUGGCCAGCCUGUACUCCAUGGUGCUGGUGGUGUGGGCGUGGGUGUGGCGCAUACGGAAUGAGAGGGAAGGCGACGCAGAGAAGGAAGGAGAAGAGACGCCCAGCAAACACCUGAUAGUAGCUCAUUACAUCAUCCUCCUGGUGGAGUCAGUGUUGUUUGGAGUGUUUGUGAUGGUCAUCUUCUACGAUCAGCUGGUCUCCAUAAUCACAGACGAGACUCCCAUUGAACAGAUGAGAAACAGGCUGAUGAUCAAAGACCGAGGCUCUUCAUCUUCAACGUCCUCCUCCUCCACCACCUUACAGCAACCCCACCACCUCUCACACACGCGCAAGCCAAAGCUCGCGCUGCUGCGGGAGGUUUUCGGAAGAGGUUCCAUCUUUUGCUGGCUGCUCCCCCUCCACUCCAGCCCUCCGUCAGUCGGCGGCAUCACCUACUCUGCCCUGCCGGACUACGAUGUCUGAUCUUCAGCCUGCGAGCUGAAGAGGAGGCGGGAAAAAGAUAACGAGGGAGGUUUCGUGUGUGAAUGUGUGGGGACGACUCUCCUGCCUAACUACGAUGUCUUAUCUUUGACCUGAGAGGAAAAGAGGAAGGGAGAGAGAUGAGUGUGUAGAGUGUGUGUGCAUACACAUGAUGAAUGAAUGAAUGAAUGAGUGAUGCACUGAGUCUUGAAGCUUUACCCCCAGGACCUAAUCAAGAAGCUCAACAUCAGACUGAAUAAAACUGGUUUACGUCUUCUCUGUCAUUAGGAAGGAGCACUGGCUGCCCUUGUUGUUUCCUGGUUUCUAGUUUUAUUACCAGCAGUCUUAGAUUUAUUUAAAGCUAUGUCAGAAAUUAUCAUUUUGUUGACACUGGGGUUUGACUGAUGUGUUUUAAUAAUCCUACUAUGUCAGCCUACUUAAAAUGGGACUUUUCCAGCCCAAGAACUGUAGCCCGAAACCUGUAAAUGAUAAUAUAGAGACAUAAACUCAUUUCCUCACAGUCAAGGUAUUACCUGUCACAACUGAAACAGCAAAGACGUUACAGCCUUUCAAAAGUCAUUUGAAGGGUAACUUGACACCAGCUAUAAAUCUCAUAUGACAGAUACAUGUGCUGUAAGAUCUUUGAUAAGGUUUAAGCUCAUCUUUGAACACCCAUGCAGCUUUAAUACUUUUAAUUCUCCAUGUUUGACUUAAAUACACACCAUCCUAUGCAAAAAGAAGUAGUUCUGAGUCUAAGGCAAAUGCGAGCCAUCAUCAGGUUGAUCAAGAGCGCAUCCUCCAUGAAAGUAAAAUGUCUUGGUGAUUCAUCAGCAGCAUCUAUUUCUGCUAUGUUUUGGCAUCAUUUUUAAAGACUGGGAUGAAAUUGUGACACAUUUGGCUGCUAAGUAACUUAAGUGGAUUAUAAUGGUUCAAGCUUUAAUUUGAAUAAUUAAUCGUGAUUUUGGUCUGUUUUACAAGUAAAGGCACCAAGCCUCUGAAACCAAAUAUAAGUUUAUAAACUUUUGUUUCCACCAGAGCUGAUUUUGAGCCACCUUUUUUAGAAAUUGUUCAUACAUCCACCAGCGUGGUUGUUGCUUGAUCUAAAGAAGGCUUGAUGCAUGUUAAGGGAAAAUGGCAACAGCUCUGCAAAGUGUCUCCUGGUAAAGACUCACCAGCUGUUUUCAGAUUCAGCUGAUAAAUGAUAAAGUCACACGACUAGCAUGGCUUAUGUUGACAUAAUGAGCAUAUCGGUCAAACCCCAGUGCAUUUGUGAAUGACUGUGUUUUGGAGGGAAAUAACUUGUUUUUAUGUUGAUGGAUGUUUCAGCACACACUGACUCAGACAACCAUCAGCCUCCACAUGAAGUUACUAAAGUAGGUCAAGGGCUUUGAACUGAGGUCCACUUGCUUCUUUAUUGAAGCGUUUCUACACCAAUCAAAACUGUCCACGAGUUGAAAGUAAGUUUGGUCCUUAAAGAAGUUUUUUUUUUUUUUUUUUUUUUUUCUUUCUUGGUUUUAUUUAUAGAGAUUUUGUUUGUGCUGCUGUUUAUAAAGUCCACUUUAUAGCCAGAUGUCUGUGGACAGCUGACCAAUGCCUUCCCAACAUGACCAGAGCAGAACUCUGUGAGGUUUGACAUGAUGUAAACGCAGCUCACAGUUCAUGAGGGGGUUCAUGCAUCCGUGCAGGUUUCUUUAAAUUCAAUUCAGCUUUAUUUGUACGGCGCCACAUUACAACAAAGUCAUCUCAAGGCACUUUACAGACAUAAUUAAUUCAAGCCAAUUUGUCGAGAUCCAGUCCUUAAAGAUAAGCCUUUAAAAAAACAAACAAACAAACCUUUUGAUGCUAUCAGCAUUUAAAACAGAUAAAUAAUAACUCUGGACUCAGCCCUAACUGCGUGUUCACAUGCUUUUGGCCUAUAAAAAUGUUAGUACAGUUAUUAUAUGGUCAAAUAAACUUAUAUAUAAAUUCUUCACCAACAUUCUUAUUUUACAAUAAACCAAAAUCAGACAACCCUCACUUUAACUGAUCCAACUAAAACAAGUUUAAUGAGCUGCCUAGAAAAUGGGAGGUUUUGAAUUUUUACUAAACAGUUUUUUUUUAUUUUUCCCCGUUUGAAUUCUUUCCUUGUUCUUGUGUUUAUUUCAAGUACAAAAAAACCUUUUACAAGCGUCUGUGUUACAGUUACAAACUGUGUUACAGUUCUAGAUUUAACAUUAAUCCUUAAAGCACAGACAUGGGUGUGAUUUAAGAAACACAAGGAGGGGAUGUCGUUUACUAUCAUUAAGCUCUUUUUUUAAUCUUGAAAAUGCAAACAUACACAGACACACAGAGAAUACACCUGCCAGUGUCUGCUAUAUCUCAGUGAAGGAUGAUUUAUUAUCUAUUGUUUGUAACUGUUGUGUAGAUAACUCUACCAGUAAGGUUGUAUUUUUAAGGAAGGGGUGAGGCUGCUUUUCUCUGCUGACAUCUUUCCUCUGACAGUAUUUACAGUUCUUUAGAUAGUGAUGUUUCUUUUUUACUUCAUUCCAAUGUUACCAGUCGCUGUAAAAUAAAAGUAAGGGAAUUAAGGAUGAAAUAAUAUACUGAAAAGGCAACAGCACUUUAUUCUCAUUCUGCAGGAUUUCUACCCCUUACAGUGCUGAAGGUGGGUCAAAAGGAAGACAAGACUUAAUUUCUUUUGUAAUUUACUUACUAGCUACUAUUAUGCCCAGCUUUCAAUCAGGACAGUUAGGUUUUCAACACGUAUGGUUUUAGGUUUUAAAAUAGCAUUCCUGUGCUUUAACUGUAAUUUGUAGGCUAGUCACUAGAGGUCCUGCAGUUGUAACUAGCAACCAUAUGCUAGUCACUGAGCUUCUCAAUUUUAAACUAGUAAUCCAAGGCCCUUUCAUUUGGCUCUGUCUGGCCAGUCUUAAGGCGCAUUCACACCAGCUCUUUCGAUUCAAAUCCUAGUUCAUUUGCUUAGAAAGUCUGCCUCGUUUUUAGAGGACUUAUUUGGAUCAGAGAAGUGAACUCUGGUCCGUCUACAAACAUGGGUGUCAGUCCACUACAAGUGAACAAAAUACAGAAAGGGGACUACAAAGCAAAGUGCAUUGUGGGUAAACACAAAACAUAGGACGAAAGGAAUCUCUCGCCGUCAGACAUGGAAGAAUGCGGUAAAGGUUCUGAUAGAAAUCCGAUCAAACCCGCUAGGAUCUGAUGCGGCUCUGUGUUUUGAUCUUAUUUGGUGGAAAAGUUGUCCUGCAUUAACCAACAGAUGAGGGAGUUUUCCUUUUCUUGUAAUGCAGAGGGUGCUGGUCGGAGUCCACACUCAGCUUACACCGUGUUGUGUUCACGCCACAGUCUGUCCAGAUGCUGCUCUUCCACAAUUUCUUGUCCCGCCUUCUGCAUUCCUCAACAUUGAGUUGUUCAUUAAUAGUUAAAAAAUUUGUUUUUUUUUUCUUUUACAUCUGUACAUCGAUUUAGAAUUGUCCAAAUCAGCUUUGCGAUGCAUCUAAAAAGAGUUCAUACAGUUUGAUGGUUGAUGCAUUUAAUUCAUCAUGUAAACAACCGUCAAAAAAUCUGAUUCUGAUUGGUAUUCCUUGGCUAUUAAUUACAUUCCUAGACUUUCAACUGGUAUUCAUGUGCUGGUCACUAGAAUUUCCAGUGUUGAAGUAUUACUCCAAGGUUUUCAACUAGCAUUCCAGGGCAUUAAACAUAUUUCUAGGAUUUAAAAUAAAAGACCUUGGGUACUCUCUAGCCUUUUCCGGCUAGUCAGAAGCAUAUCUUGCUGGUAUUCCCAGGCCAUUCAUUUGAAUUCCUAGUUUUUAUACUGGCAUUUCUUAGCUUGCAUUUAGCAUUAAUAAGUUAUAAACAAGUUAUAAACAAGUUUUAAACAAGUAAUUAUUGGCUUUAAAUUGAAUUCUGAAAUUUUCUUCUUUCAAUGUCUGCAUUUUGUUAAAUUCUGGAUAAUUUUGUGUAUUUGUAUUGGUUGAAAAUUUGAACAGCACAAAACAAAACCAAGAAUUUUUUUUUUUUUUUUUUGUACUGUUCAAAUUUUUAAUCAAUACAAACUAUGAUUAAACCCAAAUUAUAUUUAGUUAAUUAGUGAAAACAACUUAAAAGCAGAAGACUGCCUACAUUUUUGACAAUACAAUUUUAGAUUAAAUUUUUUUUUUAUACUGUGAAGUGACCAGUAUCUAAAGCUGGUAGCAUAACUGGAACACCAGUUCAAGAACAGCACAGAAGCAGCCUCACUCCUCAGUGUGUUGUAUACAUGUAUAUAGUUAUUUUGAACUGUGUGUUCAGUCUGGGGCAAACAUGAGUUUCAGAUACACAAGUGCUUCAAAGGGUUACUGAUUGUCUCCCCGAGUAAGAAAUACAAAUGUUUUCAAAUGUUAUGACCAAAAUGAGAACUGCUGGGAUGAAGAGUUUUAUUUUAUCCUCUUUUUUUUGCCUUUGUUCUACUCAGACAUGUUUUUAGAUAUUUACCUAAUCAUAUAUAUAAAAAUCAUGUGAAUAUUGGAGAGAUUGUUGUGGGAGAUGGGCGGAACUAUCAUAAGGUUUGACAUGGUGCAUUCACACUGUGAACCACUUGGCUAUUAUUUGCAUGUAAAAAUAUUCGAUCUGCGUAAAUUUUUUUUAUCUUUUCUAAGCUUUAAUCUUGACCUUGCUAAAAAUGAUUUUUUUCCUUGGUGUUGUUUCUUUCUUUAUUUUUAAAUAAGUCACGAUUGGGUUAUCUAAUAGAUUGUUAGAUUGUCAGCUAGUCUAUGGCUUCCAGGAGAUCUACUAGUCAUUUUGUCCAUAUUGUGAAUGCAUGUUAAUGGAGGGAGUAAAACUGCCUUAUUAGACUUGGUUUGCAUCGUUUUAUACAGACUGCAGACAAUGAAUGAAUAAUGACCUGACUGAAGUAAAUAAUCUUUUCCAAAUGUUUCUCAUAACCACUCUCCCAACACUCGCAGAGCUAAUUGUUCUUUCUGUACAUAUGAAGGUUCAUAUUUUAUAUUGAAGACGUGCAAUAUUCAUGAAGGGAAAGUUGUUGUUGUGAUUUGUUUUAAUUUAAUUUAAUGUUUUCAUGGUUCACAGGAAUCGGGGUUUGAAAUGUUUUUGCUAAAGUGAUGAGGUAUAUGAGGUUUAGUCCUAUUUUAUAUUAUCUUCAAUUUUAUCUUUUUGGUCCAAAUAAUGAUCCAGGUGUUUGUCUGGAUAACCAGCAGUCCAAAAAAAUAAAAAAAAAAGGAAGAAAAAACGCAUCUCUUCAAGUUUAAACCAUCUGCACCUCACCUUGUCAGUCAACAGAAAACGUUUCAAACUGCAAAUGUUUUUUGUCCAGAUGUGUGUGCUAACUAUCAGGGUGUGUGCUUGCUUGGUUACUUCUAUCGAUAAAUGCAGCUAAACUUUGAUCUUUGCUUUUUUGUCUCAUGGAGCCGUGCUUGUUCGGAUUCAUCACUGCGGUGCAGUUGCUAGUAAUUGCAUCAGUUAUGAUGGUGGUGACUCAGAAGUUGAGGCUAAACAAGCACGCUCCAUUUGCUGUGUUACUAGACAGCGGGAAGGAAUGUGUGUACAAGCAAAAGGUCCUGAAAUGAAUUGUUUGCCACCAGCCAGUGCAUUCACCAGGUAGUUCUGCUUUGUUCUGAUUGGCUGAAAUUAAAUAUUUAAAAAG